UCGGACCGGCUAGCGAUCAGUUGAGCCGUGUCGAAUCGAUCGGAUAGACACGCACGCCGGACAGCUCCCAGCACAGUCGUACCCGGACACCGUUUCCGUCCAAUUCCGGUGCCAUACAAACUCCGCAACUUUGCCGUGUCGCGUUAGCUGUGAAAAUGCUGUGAGCCCGUGUGUGUCUUCAAAUCCGAACCGGUGUACUGCAAAGUGAAACAAACAAAAAAAAAAGGAACUGUAAACUGUGACCUGCAACGAGCUUCCGCUGUGUCCACCAUCUUUUUUUAACACCCCCAAGCGAACGACCCUUACAGAGCGAUGAAUUACCUGUGGGCGCUCAAUCAGACCGGAAGGAUGCUACGCUCUGGACAGCAGCUACCGAAGCGCUACUUUUCCAUCGUCGGCAGUCCGAACGUCAGUGCGUAUCUUAUGCAGCAGGCCAAUAAAGCGAAAAAUGUCAACCGUACCUUGCACGGUCUCCAUGAACGGAAGCAGGCCACAUUCGACGAGCGCAGCCAGCUCAAGUACGCCAGACGGCUGGUGGUGAAGCUGGGCAGUGCCGUCAUUACGCGCGAGGACGAGCAUGGCCUAGCGCUGGGUCGGCUAGCUUCGAUCGUGGAACAGGUGGCCGAAUAUCACGUGGAGGGCCGCGAGUGCAUUAUGGUAACGAGCGGUGCCGUAGCGUUCGGCAAACAGAAGCUUACCCAGGAGCUGCUCAUGUCGCUAUCGAUGCGUGAAACACUGUCCCCCACGGACCACACGCGCCAAGACGCCGGCACACUGCUGGAACCGCGGGCAGCCGCUGCCGUCGGCCAGUCCGGUCUGAUGUCACUGUACGACGCAAUGUUCGCCCAGUACGGCAUCAAGAUCGCACAGGUGCUGGUGACCGAGCCCGAUUUCUACAACGAGGAGACGAGGAAGAAUCUGUUCAGCACCCUGUCGGAGCUGAUCAGUCUCAACAUUGUGCCGAUCAUCAACACGAACGAUGCCGUCGUGCCGCCAAUGUUUAUCGUCGAUCAGGAGGUGUCGGCCACGGGCAAGAAGCGUGGCAUACGCAUCAAGGAUAACGACAGUUUGGCCGCACUGCUCGCGGCCGAAAUUCAUGCCGAUCUGUUGAUCCUCAUGUCGGACGUGGACGGCAUCUACAACAAACCGCCCUGGGAGGAUGGUGCGCGGCUGAUGCACACGUACUGUGCCGGCGAUAAGAAUCUGAUCAAGUUUGGCGAAAAGUCGAAGGUCGGUACCGGUGGCAUGAACUCCAAGGUGAUGGCGGCGACCUGGGCCCUCGAUCGGGGCGUUAGCGUCGUGAUCUGCAACGGUACGCAGGAUAAGGCGAUCAAAAGUAUACUGACCGGGCGCAAGGUGGGCACGUUCUUUACGGAAUCCACCACCGAGAAGGUGACUCCCGUUGAGCAGAUCGCCGAAAAUGCCCGCAAUGGCAGCCGUAUUCUUCAGAAUCUCACCGCAAACGAACGUGCGCAGGCGGUCAACACACUGGCCGAUCUGCUCGUAUCGCGCCAAUCUCAAAUCCUGGAAGCAAACGCGAAAGACCUCGAGGAGGCUAAGAAGUCCGGUCUGGCGAAGCCGCUGCUGUCGCGUCUCUCGCUGACACCCUCCAAGCUGGAAAGUUUGGCCAAAGGACUGAAACAGAUCGCAGACGACAGUCACAAGAACGUGGGCCGUAUAGUGAAACGCACCAAGCUAGCCGAUGGACUCGAGCUGAAGCAAGUCACCGUGCCGAUCGGUGUGCUGCUGGUCAUAUUCGAAUCCCGCCCAGACUCUCUGCCACAGGUAGCCGCGCUUGCGAUGGCCUCCGGCAAUGGUUUGCUGCUCAAGGGCGGCAAGGAAGCGGCACACAGCAACCGGGCGCUGAUGGAGCUGGUCAAGGAAUCGCUCGCCCCUACGGGAGCGUCCAACGCGAUCUCGCUCGUAUCGACGCGCGAAGAGAUUAGCGAUCUGCUUUCGAUGGACGAACACAUCGAUCUGAUCAUACCGCGCGGAUCGAGCGAGCUGGUGCGCAGCAUCCAGGAGAAGGCCCAGCACAUCCCGGUGAUGGGACACGCGGAAGGUAUCUGCCACGUGUACGUCGAUCGGGAGGCCGAUCUGGACAAGGCGCUGAAGAUCAUACGCGACUCCAAGUGUGACUAUCCGGCGGCCUGUAACGCAAUGGAAACGCUGCUCAUCCACGAGGACCUGCUGCAGAACACUGCCUUCUUCACCGACGUGUGCAAUAUGCUGAAGCGCGAAGGUGUCAAAAUCAAUUCCGGCCCGAAGCUAAACCAACAGCUGACGUUCGGUCCACCCCAGGCCAAGUCGCUCAAGUUCGAGUACGGUGCGUUGGAGUGUAGCAUCGAGGUGGUGAAAAAUCUCGAGGAAGCUAUCGAUCACGUCCACACGUAUGGAAGCGGUCACACGGAUGUUAUCGUCACGGAAAAUCCUGCGUCGGCCCACUACUUCCAGAGCAACGUGGACAGUGCUUGUGUGUUCCACAACGCUAGCAGCCGGUUUGCGGACGGAUUCCGGUUUGGACUCGGGGCGGAGGUCGGUAUUUCCACUGCCAGGAUACACGCCCGCGGACCGGUCGGUGUCGAGGGUCUGCUGACGACGAAAUGGAUCCUUAGUGGCGUUGAUCAUACGGCUGCGGAAUUUACCGACGGUUCCCGUGCCUGGGUACAUCAGUCGCUACCGACCGAAUAACACCGGACGGGACGUCCAUCGCCCGGUUGUUUCAAUCCUUGGCAAACGUGAUCCCAUUUGCAAAGUUUUCUUCAGCCGAAUUGCACUGGCCAACAUUUACAACUGCCAGCAGCGUUUGAUGUGCCCGUGUGCAUUACGGAGUAAAAUCGAAUAGUGUCGAUCAAUUAUCCGUACCACCGCACCAUCAUACUAGCGGGCCUAAGGGAACGGGUGCGUAAUUCGCAUGGGUGGGCAGUGGGCAGCGUUUGGGUUGAACAGUGAAAUAAAAGCCGCCUGUAAAUAACGAUAGUUUAA